GUCCACAACUUGUUCAAACAUGUUCUAACCAGUGUCCUUUCAUAUUCAUUUGACUUGAAGUUGUUGAUUGUUUUGAACCUGAGUGGCUAUUUAAAUAAGUAGAUGAACAGAUCAGAAUUACCCUAGGUUUAUCACGCAUCUGAGGAUAGCGCAGGAUACGUUUGGUAAAUACAUGGAGGGAAGAUCCAUUGAGAACCAUUUCAAGCCACCUGAAAGAAAAUAUUUGGACAUCGUCCCAACGCUGCCAAUGUGGAUCAUUGAAUAUGCUUGGGCUCAUAGAAUGAUGGACAUUCUAGAAGCUCUGGACCCCUGCAUGUGGCCGGACGAAGAUCUACUCUCUCUAAACCUUGAUGAGCCCUGGAGAAUACGUGUGGAGGCUGCACAGGCAUAUUCUAUAAUGAAGACCAGGGACAUCAAGAGAUUUGAGAGGGUGAUGGAGUUCCUAGAUGUCACCUAUAAAUUGCUGCCACAACUUGUGCCUCCUAUCAAACACAUGAAAAUCAUGUUUGGUCUCAAGACAAUGGUAAUUAUGUGGAUGCUUCGGGAAGACCAAGGCAUGGUCAACACUGUCGUGAAGACCAUGAAGUUUUUUCCAAGCAGACUACCUCAGUACCAUGACUGUAGCCGACACCAGAUGUAUCUAAUGAGGAAGCACCACCAGGAAUUCAAGGCUUUGGCUAAGACUCUUGCAACGGAGCUGUCUGUCCGCAAAGCUUAUAUCAAGGAUUUGAUGGAUCACCAGUAUGGAGAAUGCUAUGCCCAGAAACUAGAGGAAAGAUUGAUGCAUUACAUUCAGGAGCUGGAGUCUGAACUGCAAAGUGACACAUACUUUGACCAGCUGUUGAAGCAGGGGGCUCCCAAGGUGAACGAAGAGGAGUUACUAUGGCCGAUAAUUAGCUCCACCAAUAUUGCUGCUUCCUUGAAGAGGCUGUUACACUGUGCUCAUUCUUCUUCAAGAUGUGAGCUUAGCCAUGAUGACCAUAAGGUGGGAAUUGGGUCAGGACAGAAGAGUGGAAUAAGCUGGAAGUGGGAGGGUCCUGCUGUGAGGUCACCCAAGGAGAGAACACUCAUAGGUCAAUCGCAGCUUCACCGUACAUGCCCUGACACAACCCAAGGUAUCUGUCAACACAGCCCCCCGGAAAGGUCCAACUCAUUGGUUAUACACCAUGCGUGUGCAGCAGAGCAAGGUCUAAAUCCUUCCACUGUCAGUCCACUCCUGCUGGAGGAGGAGGGAGACUCUGAUGGGGACCAUGGUAGCCGUGGCAGGACUGAGGUGGAGGUCAGCCCUCACAGUGAGGAGGUACAUGAGGCCUCCCCGCUGCAGCUGUGCUCCAAACAUCAGAAGUGGGUGAGGAGUAUUCUGCUGGACUGCUCUGAGGAAUUGCAGUGUGGUGAGGGUGAUACACCUGUGUACAGUCAGGGGUCCAUUUCCACCUUGUCACUGGACCUGACUCCGUCCCUUAACACCCCUUUUCCAGCCCAACAUUUAACUAGAGCCAAACAGAACCCUUUCCCUCCUCAUCCAGUGGCUCUAUCCCAACCUAGAGCUCAUUCUGAACAGGCCAGCAGAACACCUAGGGACAAGCUGGGAAUGUCUUUGGAGAGUCGGGCCUUUCUGCUUCAGUCAGAGUUUCUACAGCCAUUUGUUAGACUUCGAAAACUGACCCAUGAGGAGUGUAGCAUUGCUGCAGAACUAAGAGGAACUAGCACCCCACUGUCUGAGGAGCAGAGUGAAGAUGAUGAAGAAGUGGAUGAAGGACAUGUGGAUGAAACUUCAGUGUAUUCGUAUUAUGAUGUAAACAAACUCUAUUCGAGUGAUUCAAGCUCUGAUGAACCUGGAUUCACCCAGGAUUCAGACCCUGAUUAUGUUCCUCACCAAGUGAAGGAAACAAGGAAACGUAGAACAUCAGUAUGAUACUAGGGCUGACGUUAAGGUACGGCAUAUAGGUAGAAGGAACACACACCUUAGUUGACGAGGUGCUGGCUAAAGGGUGCGAAAUGGAAACAAUGAAUGAAAAAGCUGCACACUCUAAACUCAAAUGCAUAUCUUUUUUUUUUUAAUAAGACCAACAUUUCAACAGACACGAUGAAGACAGCGUGUCUGUCGAAACGUUGGUUUUAUUUAAAAAUUUUUUUAUAUGCAUUUGAGUUUAGAGUGUGCAGCUUUUUCAUUCAUUAAGGUACGGCAUAAUAUUAAGGUGUCAGGAGAAGUGUCUGUCCUUGACCUUAGUGAAAUGAAACGUGGACAUGGAAUUGUUUGCUGAUAAUUGGAGGUUUAACAAACCUCUACUACACAAUUUUUAGAAUUCAGUUUCAGUAAAAUAAUGUUCAGUUGGUCAAGUUCAGUUGAGUGUAACGUUCAGUUUUGUGCUAUGUUGAUUUGAGUUUUAUUUUAAUUUGCUCACCGUACACAGUACUGUUUUUUACUCAAAGAGACGCUUACAUAAUGGUGAGUGUUAAACCUUAUGGCCUUUGUAACUUUCAUACGAUUCAAAGAUGGGUCUGUUUGAUUGCAUGACAUGGGUUAAAUAUUAUCCGGAUCUUCUGAUUGGACUGCUGCUGCGUGACAUAGAGCCAAAAUCCGCCAACCAAUAAGAGACCUGUUUUUUUGGUCAACCACUCGGUUAUGAUGACCUCAUUGGAACUGAUGUACGUUGGGGAUUACGUAUCAGUGCGGCGGUACUAUCCAAUAACCACUAUAUGAAUGGAGACCGGUGUAUCGACUCCUACAUCAAGUUUUGUUGUGAGGGAUGCUUUCUUGCUCCUCACAUUGUCUGUUCAUGCCCUGUCUUUGUUUCUGUAGCCUGUGGCAUGGAAGUCCCCAUGUUUGAUGAUUCAGUAAAAGAUGUCUAGAGUUAUAGGAGGCAGGGGAAGGUAGAAGAAGGGUUUCAUUAAGGGACACAAUGCCAGGGGAUCAAAAGCCAACUUAUAGGGUCAACAAUAUAAACGCCUCAUCCGUAAGAGACAUGUGAAUCAUGGCCUAGAGGCGUACCUGCUCUAAGACUAUGUGGGGAGGAAAUGAGCAGUUAAUUUAAAUGAGGGUUGCUGUGAGCUGACAUGAGGAGCUACCAAAUCUCUUUUAGGUGGUUGAACCUCCGGUAAUUUAGGUGACAUAUGUUGUGUUUGUGUAGUCCAAAUGUCAUACGUGUAGAACGUGGAUGGGAAAGUAAUGUUAGCCAGAUGUUAAGAGGAUGAUUGGGUUCAAAGUCCCAAGGGAGUUUUGUGUGUGUUGGACAACAGUACUAAAAAAGGUUUUAUUCGAAGUUGUAUUUAUUUAGACACUAGAUUCCUCUGUAAAUGUUUCAGGACAGUGUCUCUCUCUAUCAAUAUUGCAUCAUGAGUCAGUGAGUCUCAGUUCACUGAUUUAACCGUUAUGAGCGUAAACAACUCAACAGUGAAGCAAGAAACCAUUUAUACUAUAGGUUAUGUUUUUGUUCCAUUUUUGUGUACAAUAAAAUAUUGUGUGGAAUUACACGUUAUCUG